AUGUCUUCCCCAGAGGCCCGUGCUGGCGUCAAGCGACCUCGUAAGUUCCCAAUGGCUCCUCCCUAUUGCAAUUGUCUGCCGCUGUCAUUCCGGGAACCUCCUUCUUCACGGACAGCCUCUGCGCCAGUCAUCCUACUUCCAAUUGCGCGCAGCAUUUCUGUCCAGCACAACGCAGGCAAUCGCGACACGAUGGAAGCCAUGGCAGACAGCACCCAGUCUCUUCCCCCUCCGGCUCUCCCUCAGCUGGUCGCUGAGCAGCACACCGCCAUCCCUCCUACCGACAAGGAUUCUCAGCGCCUCAUUGUCGUUCUCUCCAACGCCAGUCUCGAGACCUACAAGGCUUCACAUGGCGGCACCGGCCGCAACGGCGUCCAACGUGAGGAAAAGUACUCGCUACUCAACAGCGACGAGCAUAUUGGAGUUAUGCGCAAGAUGAACCGCGACAUUAGUGACGCGCGCCCGGAUAUUACACAUCAGUGCCUCCUGACCCUGCUCGACUCCCCCAUCAACAAGGCCGGCAAGCUUCAGAUCUACAUUCAUACCGCCAAGGGUGUCUUGAUCGAGGUCUCGCCGUCUGUUCGCAUCCCGCGUACAUUCAAGCGCUUUGCCGGUCUGAUGGUUCAACUGCUGCAUCGCCUGUCCAUCCGCUCGACCAACUCGCAGGAGAAGCUGCUUCGUGUAAUCCAGAAUCCCAUCACCGAUCACCUUCCGCCCAACUGCCGCAAGGUGACGCUCAGUUUCGAGGCCCCUCUGGUACACGUCAGAGACUACAUCGACACGCUCGCCCCCAAGGAGAGUGUUUGCGUCUUCGUUGGUGCCAUGGCAAAGGGUGCCGAUACCUUUGCUGAUGGCCUCGUCGACGAGAAGAUUUCCAUCAGCAACUACAGCUUGUCCGCCAGCUCGAAACCCGACAUCUACUCAGUCGUUCACGUUGCGGGGACACGAAUCCAGGCAGCAGCGAUGGCGAAUCAGAGCGGCAAAUUGAAAGUCGAGGGGUUGCGCCUACGGAAUCACGAUACAACAUCAUGGUGUCCGCGCGCGAUCUUGGAAACUUGGGUUACCUGUGCCAUCGCUGUCGCUGUUUUUGCAACCAAAACCGGGGCGUUCGACAACGGGUCCAAGGCGCUUUCUCCGCCUUGA